CCAUUGAUGGUCGACGUUCUUUCUCCUUUCUUUGCAAUCCUACUUCCAUUCAUAUUCAGCGGUACGAUCUCUAAAACAAUCAGUUUGUUCCGAAGCAAGUUCGAUGUGGCUUCGUCCACUUCAUCUCUUUAUCCUACUCGUGAGGAAGUGCUUCAAUGGAGAGUAAGCUUCGAAUCGUUGCUGAAUCACAAAUAUGGCUGCACACUUUUCCGAGAAUUUCUUAAGAAGGAAUUCUCAGAUGAAAAUGUAGAUUUUUGGCUAGAAUGCGAAGAAUUUAAAAAAAUGAAAGAAGGGAAGAAGGCGACUGUUCAACGAGCACAUGAGAUAUUUAAGGAGUAUGUAGCAGCUGCUGCUCCAAAAGAAGUAAAUCUGGACUCGGAUACACGGGCUGCCACAAAGGCAGCAAUGGAAAGUGGUUGCAAGAGCGAUACAUUCAGUUUAGCACAAAGUCGCAUAGAGCAGUUAAUGGCAAAAGAUUCAUAUCGCCGGUUUCUUAAAGAUCAUCUCUAUCUCGACCUUGUUGACGGUGUAGAGAAUAUUGUAAAUUCGCCGAAGAUUAAAAAAUAA